ACAUGGCCGAGUACAACAAAGCAGAUAUACUUGGUUUUAUAAAUUUGUCUGUUCUGUCAUUAGGGGAGGAAUCAGAUUUGACUUCUCAUAGCAAUGCAUGGCAUGAUGAACCAUUGAUUGAUGUUAAAGGAAAUAGCCAUUCAAGGACGAUUAAUGUCCUGAAAGGCCUGAGGGCUGCCAUGUCAGAAGAGGAGCUAAAGAUUCGCAGUGAACUAGAGAUGGAGAUAGAAAGAGAUUUGGAAGAAGAAAUCAAAGAUGGAAUAUACCGUCAUGCUCUCAGAUUGCACCGACUGUAUCAGCAGCAAAAUGAAAGAAUUGCAAAAGAAGGACCUGGAUUUGAAACCUUUCAAGCUGGUCAACAAAGAAAGAAUAAUCAAACACUUCUUGAAGUGAACAUAAGCAUAAGAAUGGAAGGAGGGACCAAAAUUGAAAUAAAAGAGACCAAGAAAGAAGCUCAUGAUCAUCAUCAGGAGAAGGGUCGGCCUCGGACUUCUAGAUCAGAAAACAUGCAACCAUUUCUGCGGCCGGUUUCUAAUGGGAAGAAGCUCGAUUGGGUGAGGAGUCUCCGAUUCAAUAAUGCAGGUCCGGUUGCCAUUGAUAGAUCAUCAAAACAUGGCAGCUUACAUCAGCCUAAAACACCAAGCAAAAACCGUUGCUGCUAUGAUCUCAUGAAUCUUGACCUUAAAAAUGGCAGGAGAAUUUGCGCUACUUCUGCCUUGGGGCCGCCCAAGGUCCGUGGAAGUGUUGAUAACAAAAUACUUGAAUUGGGAUGGAAAAAUUGACAUAUUUUUUGCUUUUCUGAUUUGAAAAUUAUAAUAACAAAAUACAAAUAUUGUUACGUGUGAUUGUAAGGCAUGAUGUUGUUAUUCUGGUAUUAAUUGUAAUAAGCAUA